UGCUGUCUGUGUGGAGCAAAGACUGAGAACUUCAUCACUGUGAGCGUCAUUUUGUUCUGGAUUUGUUUCACUGGCAAACUUUGGAUAUCAUAGCUUCAGAUCCACUUCUUUCAUCAGAUUCAGGCAAGCAGGGAAGACAUUAACUGUGUCUUUCCCGAUGUUGUGGAAUGAGUGUUGAGAGAAAAAAACAGAACAAAAGAAGCUGUGUGACGUCUUGAAGUGAGCGAGGAGUGUGUUUGCUGUGGUGCUGUGAAGCUGUUUGUCUGUGCAUGUGUGUGUGCAUCGAUCAACUGCAGCAGCAUGUUGCCACCAGUGAAGAAGGACCGAGUCAUUACUCAGCUCCCACAGUGUUUCAGUCCAAAUGCAGCGCUGCACACCAAAGACGGCUUCCACCCACAGGUGAAGGCCAUGUGCCAGUUCCAGAGGACGGCCACAGUCAGCUUUAAUAUCGCUAAAGUCAUCGUAGUGGGUGAUGUUGCUGUGGGCAAAACGUGUCUGAUCAGCAGGUUCUGUAGGGGUGCGUUUGAUAAGAACUACAAAGCGACCAUCGGGGUGGAUUUUGAGAUGGAGCAUUUCGAGGUGCUUGGAGUUCCCUUCAGUUUACAGCUGUGGGAUACAGCAGGUCAGGAGAGGUUCAAGUGCAUCGCUUCCACCUACUAUAGAGGAGCACAAGCCAUAAUAGUUGUGUUUGACCUCAGCAGUGUGAACUCAUUAGCACAUGCCAGGCAAUGGCUGGAGGAUGCAAUGAAGGAAAAUGACCCAUCCAGUGUUUUACUGUUCCUGGUCGGCACCAAGAAGGACCUCAGCUCUCCUGAUCAGUUGUCUCAGAUCGAGCAGGAAGCCAUCCGACUCUCUGAGGAAAUCAAAGCAGAGUACUGGGCCGUGUCUGCAAAGUCAGGAGAUGGUGUCAGGGAGUUCUUCUUCCGUGUGGCUUCUUUAACUUUUGAGGCCAACGUUUUGUCUGAGCUGGAGAGAAGUGGGUCGAGGCACGUUGGGGACAUAAUCAGAAUUACUGACAACACAGACGGCCAUCGCAGACGCAAGAGGACCCCACAGUGCUGCUGAGACUGAACAAACGACUGCGUGGACAUUCUGCAUCGACGACACAGCAACACAAAGUGACUCAACAGGAAAACUUAAUUGAAAAAUGGACUCAGCGGUUCAGUGUAGAUAUCACAACCAGACCCUCUAAAAGCACUGCCAGCUAAAUUAUGUUGUAUUUUCAAUGUUCUCAAAUGGCCUGAGAAGAAAUUAGUUAUAAGCCAAGCUGACAUGAUGAAUUCUAAGUUGAGUCUGUAAACAAAUCUGUCAGCAGAAUGACCCAAAUAGUGUCCUCUCAGGAAUGUUUCCUGCUGACAAAUAAGGCUUUGUGAUAUGCUUGGUUGAAUGAACAUUUAUCAAAGGAUGAUUAUUCUCCAUUAUUUUUUUUUCGUAAACUCCACUUGCCUUCUGAACAUGUCCGUCUGUCUGAAGCAACAUUUUUCUCCUGUCAUGGAAUAAAUGUCGGUACCAGAAA